UUUUUAAAAAAUUCAUAACUUUAUAAAUUAAUAAAAUAUCAUAGUCCUAGCAUUAAUAGUUUAUAGAUUUUUAACUGUAUUAUCAAACAAAAGGAGAAGACAAGGAACGAGUUAUAACUGAUACAAACAUACUCUGAUACUAACCUAGCAAACGGAAUCAACAAAUCCACGCUGAUUGUGCCUUUGGAUAAAACUAAAUCCAGACGUAAUAAACCAGUUGUUAUAUAUAUAUAUGGGGUACCCUUAUAUAUGGUAACAAUAUAAAGUCUUACCUAAAACAGACACUUCGAAAGUGGAGAACUGACUAUAUGACAGCGAUGUGCUGACUGUAAGAAUCCCUCCCAAAGAGUCAAAAACGGGAAUAUUUAUCCAAAUAUAUUGACCAAAUAUUCAAUUCUUGCACAAUGCCAUUUUCAGACACCAUCCGUAUCUUCUUUUUCUGUAUAAAUAUAUGAACUGUUCUUUGUCUCAUCAAUAAGUAAAGAUCUCUCUCUCUCUCUCUCCUUGUCUCUCCCUCCUUUUGAUAGAGGUUUAAACAAUGGCUGGUGGGUUUGUAGCGUUUAGUGGUGAUUCCCCCGCCUUUCAGGCGAAGAUGACUGUUUACGUCUUCAUCUGUGUCGUUAUCGCCGCUGUUGGUGGUUUGAUCUUCGGUUAUGAUAUUGGAAUCUCUGGUGGAGUAACGGCGAUGGACGAUUUCUUGAUAAAGUUUUUUCCAGCUGUGUACGAGAGGAAGAAGCAAGCACACGAGGAUAACUACUGCAAGUACGACAACCAGUUCUUGCAGCUCUUCACCUCCUCUCUUUACCUCGCAGCACUCGUGGCCAGCUUCUUCGCCUCUGCCACAUGCUCUAAGCUUGGCAGGAAACCCACAAUGCAGUUAGCUUCCAUCUUCUUCUUGAUCGGCGUUGGCCUUGCCUCCGGAGCUGCUAACAUGUACAUGUUGAUCAUGGGCAGAAUCUUGCUCGGCUUUGGCGUUGGCUUUGGUAAUCAGGCCGUACCGCUUUUCUUAUCAGAGAUAGCUCCAGCGAGGCUUCGUGGAGGUCUCAACAUUGUGUUCCAACUAAUGGUUACAAUAGGAAUCCUUAUCGCCAGCGUAGUCAACUACUUAACCUCUUCUAUUCACCCUUACGGAUGGCGACUCGCCCUCGGUGGCGCGGGGAUUCCUGCCCUCAUCCUCCUCUUCGGAUCACUUCUCAUCUGCGAAACACCAACGAGUCUCAUCGAGCGGAACAAGACCGAGGAAGGCAAGGCAACGCUCAAGAAGAUCAGAGGCGUCGAAGAUGUUGAUGAGGAGUAUCAAUCACUCGUCCACGCUUGUGAGUUCGCGAGGCAAGUCAAGGACCCUUACAGGAGGCUGAUGAAGCCCCAUAGCCGACCGCCUCUUGUCAUCGGAUUGUUGCUCCAGCUGUUCCAACAGUUCACUGGAAUCAAUGCCAUCAUGUUUUAUGCCCCGGUUUUGUUUCAGACCGUAGGGUUUGGAAAUAAUGCAGCUUUGCUUUCGGCCGUUAUUACAGGAUCUGUCAAUGUUCUCAGCACUUUGGUAGGGAUUUUCUUAGUCGACAGAACCGGUCGGAGAUUCCUCUUGCUCCAGGCUGCAGUCCAAAUGCUCAGUUGCCAGUUGGUCAUUGGAAUCAUUCUAGCUAAGGACCUAGGCGUGAAGGGUACUUUAGGUAAGACAGAAGCCAUGAUAGUGGUUAUCUUGGUGUGUGUUUACGUGAUGGGUUUCGCUUGGUCAUGGGGACCAUUAGGAUGGCUGAUCCCUAGCGAGACCUUUCCCUUGGAGACACGAACCGAAGGGUACGCAUUGGCGGUAUCGUGCAACAUGUUCUUCACGUUCGUGAUUGCUCAGGCCUUCCUAUCAAUGCUUUGUGCGAUGAAGUCAGGGAUUUUCUUCUUCUUCAGUGCUUGGAUCGUUGUGAUGGGACUCUUUGCUUUGUUCUUCGUGCCAGAGACUAAAGGAGUCUCGAUUGAUGACAUUAAGGAUAGUGUUUGGAAGCGGCAUUGGUACUGGAAGAGGUUUAUGCGUCAGGAGCAUGACGUGUAGAAAAUAACUUCUUGAGCUUUUUGAUGAGAAACCAAUUUGUUGAUUCUUGUCUUAUACUUAAUUGAUAUGCUUCUUCGGCUUUGGUAUCUUUUGAUGAAAACUCCAUGCUUCUACAGUUUUAUGUGUGUUAACUUGCUAGUCAGUUGAUAAGCAUGGCCGAUCGGAGAUUUUGGAGGUUGAAGACGGUAUAAAAAGGAUUUCAAUAAUUUGGAAGUCUAAAUUUUUUUUUAUUUUUUACAAAUUUAGAAGUCUAUUCAUAUAUAAUUCUUUCGUAAAAUUUAGAGGUUUGAAAGCAAAUGUUUCAUCCGGCUUGGUUCAGGAUCCGGCCCUGUUGAUACGAUACGAGAAAAAUAUAGUGUCCAUAUACACCACUCUUUACAAGAACACCGUUAAAUAAUAUCUAAUCACAUCAUGAUGAACUUGGGAUUGAACGUGGGAGUUGUUUUUGUUUUCCUAUACAAAAAAACUGAUUGAUAUGAAGUAAUAUAAAACUAGGAUAAGCGCAUGGAGAGUUUAUUUGUAUAUAUUAUCGAUAGUUUCUUUUAUAUAUUUUAUCAUUUUAUUUAUAUAUAUAAAAUAUUUUUUGUUGUUAUUAUAUAAUUUCUUUCCGAUGGAUCGGAUCAAUUUUUAUUAAAAAUAAUGAAA